CAAAGGAACCAAAUGUAAUGUUAAUGCUGACGUCUUAGGUCCCACUAUCUAUAAAAGAGCAAAACACCUUUACAGUGGCGAUGAGAAAAUGUAUAUUUAAGAGAACAAAGAGAGUGGGCACUAUCGAAGGGCGAAUUGUCCAAUGAGCAAUCGGUAAUUUUGAAGUUCUGUGGGAGGGAAUUAUCAUCCUGUUCAUCUGUCGAACACAGAGCGGAAUCACUGAGGUAAGAAGACGACUGUGAAACGAACUGAAAAGAACAUUUUCACGAGCCGAAACGAAAAUUGAAAGAAACGGGAAACCUCUAGGAAGAACUCCCGAGACUAACCGGUGAUUCCUGGUGCUUCGUUCCGCGACAUGGCAGGCCAAAGCUCUUGGAUACUGCUUUGUGUGGUUAUCCUUUCUGUUGGAGUAACGACGAGGUCUUUAGAGGAUUAUUACGGCUACUACGACUACGAUGAAGCGCUCUUUCGACGUUCAAACCAACAACAAGACGAGAAAGAAAAUCUCGAAAUAAGAAUGCCAGACGUUCACCCAGUAAAACAUGAUUCAUACUUUUGUACUUCAAUGAAAGUGAGUGAUGCUGACACUUAUAUAGUGGGAUAUAAUCCUCAUGCAGAAAUGCACACUGCACAUCAUAUGUUAUUAUUUGGUUGUGAAGUCCCUGCAAGCCAAGAAAAAUCCUGGAACUGUGGAGAUAUGGGAGUUGGGGUUUGUAGAAGUGGUUCAGCAGAAAAGAUCAUGUAUGCAUGGGGAAGGAAUGCACCAGUGCUCAAACUUCCUAAAGAUGUUGCUUUUAAAGUUGGUGGAUCAACAAUUGUCAAAUACCUGGUCCUACAAGUACACUAUGGACAUGUUGAUAAAUUCUUGAAAAAUCCAAGUCUAAAGGAUCAAUCUGGAGUGACUCUAUUUACCACUAAACAGAGAACUCCUUAUCUUGCUGGUAUCAAACUCUUAGCUGCUGGAGAACCUGGUCYUAUUCCUCCUCAUCAGACAGCUUGGCAUCUGGAUGUUGGAUGUCAAUACGACAAUCCUGCUGUUAUUCAUCCGUUUGCCUUCAGAGUGCAUACACAUAAAUUGGGUACUGUGGUCAGUGGAUAUAGAGUAAGAAAUAGCAAGUGGACCUUGAUUGGCAAAAAUGAUCCCCAGAGGCCACAGGCAUUUUAUUCUAUAGAAAAUGCACCGGAAAUCGAAAGGGGUGACUAUUUGGCUGCAAGAUGUACUUACAAUUCAAUGUCAAAAAAGAGAACAACCUACAUUGGUGCAACGAUGAAGGAUGAGAUGUGCAACUUCUACAUGAUGUUCUAUUAUGAUCCGACAUCAACAAACAGUGCUCCUGAAGAAUCCUGUGGUUACAUGCCUCAGCAAAUGCUGAACUACUUCCCAGCAGAUUCCAAUGUACCUCUUCCUGGAAGUGGAGAAAAAAUGGAAAUGAAGAGAGAUUACAUUGAAGAUGAUGCUUGUCCCCACUGCAAGAGAACGAUCCCACUUUUAUCAGUAAAAGAGAAUUGGCCACAAGGUGGAUCGCAGACUGGCGAACUGCCAAUCAAAGCUGGACAAGUAACUGCUGUUUCUUUGGACUCGAAGGGCAAUGUUGUCAUUUUCCAUCGUUCUUCUCGGGCUUGGAUGGGCGACACAUUUGAUGAUCAUAAUAGACUAGCAGAAAAGUACCAAAGCCCAAUUAUUGAGAAUACUGUAGCCUGGUUGGAUGCUGAAACUGGUAAAAUACUGAGGGAAUGGGGAGCUGGAAAGUUUUACCUCCCACAUGGAUUAACUGUUGAUAGAGAUAAUAAUUUAUGGCUGACAGAUGUAGGAUUGCACCAGGUUUUCAAGUAUGGACCAGGCGGUAGUGAUGAAGCUCUUAUCACUUUAGGAACCAAGCUUAUCCCUGGAGAUGGCUGGAACCAGUUCUGUAAACCAACUGGUGUGGCCAUUGACUCUGAUGGAAGCUUCUUUGUCUCUGAUGGUUAUUGCAAUGAACGAGUUCUUAAAUACACACCCAGUGGGGACAGAAUUACAAUGGCAAUUACAAAUGCAGCCUUUCCAGCUUCAUUUCCUAGACCACAUUCAUUCAACAUCCCUCACAGUGUCUCACUUGAUGUUCAGCACAACCAACUCUACAUGGCUGAUCGGGAAAAUGGCCGGGUCUUGGUCUUUGAUUCUAAGAGUGGUAAAUUACUGAAUUCCCUUACUGGGUUUGGAAGCCGAGUAUUUGCUGCUCAUUAUGACCCAGCUGAUGGUGGCUUGCUUCAUGUAGUGAAUGGUGAGGAUGGACAGAGUACAGUACAAGGCUACACCUUCAGUAUCGCUGCCAAAAAAACUGUACAAACAUGGAGACCAAAAGAGGGCUUUACAGAACCCCAUGAUGUAGCAUCUAACAGUCAAGGCAGUGCUGUUUAUGUAGCAGAGAUUGGUCCAAACAGAAUCUGGAAAUUUGUCCAAGCAUAGACCAUCUAGCAGGAUAAAAUGGGUACACAUGUAUAUACACUCAAGAAGCAUAUACAAGCGUUGAUAGCUGAAUGGCUUUCUGCAGUAUAUACACAUUAUGGGAAAAAAUGAUUAUAUAAUAAUAUUAUAGAACUCAGACAUACAUGAUUUAUUUUUAAAUAAUAUUUAACCAUACAAGCCUGCAUUUCUUUACUAGGGACUGAAGCUCACCAUACAUUACAAAAAAGAAAGCAGGUCAUUAUAAUCCUUGUGGAGGGGAGGGGGGGAGAGGAAAAAUUUGUCAUGGCAAAUAAUUUUUCCUCCACUUCUGCAAUCAUUUCUGUUAUGUCUAUUUACUCUAUGCAAAAAAUUUUUUCCAGCAUUUUUCCUCCCCGACCCCCUUCACCUCAAUCAAAGGAUUGGCCUUAUCUAGCCGCAAAGCUCUAUUAUAGUCUUUGGGAUCUUCCCAACACCUUGAGUCAAAAUUAAGUUUAAUGGCUAAAUUAUGAGAUAUAAAAUAUACUACAAAUAAUGAAAUUCAAAUUUAAUUUAAUGGCUGGUCCUUUAAUUAUAUUAAUAAUAUAUAUGCCUUUCAAGACAAGUGCAAAGGAAUAUGGUACUCCAUGCCAUUCUUCUAAUUCUUUGGGGCCAAGUUCAACAAUCGUUUAAUAUCUAUAUUUUCAGGCAUAACAUUACAUUUUAUAACCAUUGCAAUCCCAAUCCCAAUCAAGUUGUCAAAAUAAUUUAUGUACUUUAUGGAAUUUUUAAAAAAAUUAAGUCAAAAUUUUCUGUUAUUGAUUGAAAGUAUUCUGCAAAAUUAUAUUUUAUAACCAUGGCAAUCCCAAGCCAGUUGCCAAAAUAAUUUAAUAUGUACUUAUCAUAAGGGAAUUUUUUAAAAAAUAGUCAAAAUUUUCUGUUAUUAAUUAAAAGUAUUCUCUAGCAAGCUAAACACAAGAGGUUUAAUAUGCUUGAUUUAAACUGUGAGGUGUCAUUUGUGCCAAGAGGAUCAUUGCCCCACCAAAUCCACCAUGGCUGUAAAUUGAGCCUAGAGGUUCCCUUGCUCCAUUGUUACUUGGUGCUGUAACAGCUUGACUUGUCUCUUCCUCCCCAUCAUGUAUCCUUGGUUCUACCAGCAGGGCUGUGACUUUAUCCUCCCAUUUGAACACUGAAGCAAGAGAAUCUCUUGAUAUCAGUUUAAUCAAGGUUAACAUAACUUUUCGUUUCAGAUCCACUUCACCCACCUAAUAUAAACAAAAAGUUGAAAACUCCUUGCCAUAGGGCAACGUUUUACUUUUUAAUGGGAAAGGGGAGUAAGAAAUACAGUCACAAGUAGAGGUUAGCACGGAGUUACAAGAGGGAUAUCAAUAAAUUAACAUGAAUAUAGUCGUACUAUUACCCAGUAUAUCCAGAUAGAGUGCUCACACUAAACCCGUGAAACAAAUACUAAUUUUUAGUACUAAAUAGUGAUAAUCAAACAAUAGGAAACAAAGGAUUCUGUAUGAAUUACUACUAACUAUUAGUACUAAAUAUUAUUCACAGGUUUAGUGCGUGCAUUCUAAUAUAAAAUUCACACAUAGAAAGUAUUAACAUUUAACAUAGUUGGGAAGUUUAUAUUUAUCUAUGCAGUAGAGGUAGAGUGCAAACCAUAUAAUUUUUCCAUGAAAUAGCACAAAAAUAAAAUAGCACUAAACACAUGUCUUUCUUUCGUUUUGUACUAAUUAGUAUUAUUUCAUACUUAUAUGUUUUGCACUCUAGUAUAGAAAAUGAUAAUACUGCUUGGGGAUUUCUAUUUAAAUGACUAGUUAUAAAAGUGAAACUCUAUGGACACCUAGAAUACCCGAUUGUGUCCAUACUGACGGGUUAUCUGUAGAAAUGGGAAGGGGUAAUAAAUUAAUAAAAGUGUAAAUGCAAUCCACUGGGACUAAAAAAAAGUGUCUGUCAUAUAUAGUGGAGUAUCCAAAGUAAGGGAGCUUUGAAUGUCUCCGAAGAAAACUACUUGAGAAAGCACCAUUACAUCAUUGAAAGCAAUCCAUUUAUCAGUCAGACUAGAUAUCUAGCAAUAUACACAGACACGGUGCAAAAAUGGAAAGCACAUUCAAGUAUAAUAAAGAAAUAGUGAAUAAUGGUGUUA